AUACACUCCAUCACGCUCUGAACACUCUCAUCAACAUGGCCAGCCGAUCUCGCACUCUCCCACUCGUCCCGCUGCCUUACUCCGUCGUCCUGCUCCCCGGAGUGACUACACGCCUCCCUCUCGCGAACCGAGCCGAUGUUGCCGCCAUCCUCGCCCAUCUCUACAGCAAGGCCGCCACUCCCCGCCCCGAAGCCAGUAGUGUCACGGUCGGGUGUGUUCCACUCAAUAGCCCAUAUCUCACGUCCGAUGGGGAGCAGUUCAUCGACGAGAAAGAUGUGAAGAAGCAGGCGAAUGAGUUGGACCCCGCCCAUGCUAGGACAAAGCAUCUGUUCCAGUAUGGCACCUUGGCGAGAGUCACUGGCGUGCAGGGUCGACGAGCGGGAGAGUUGACCUUGGUGCUGGAGGGCAUUAGUCGAUUCAAGAUCGACCACAUCACGAACGAGAGACCCUACUUUGAAGCCCAUGUCACUCUAUGUCAAGAGCAAAAGGUGGCCGAUGAUGAUGAAAAGGUGCACGACAUGUUCGCCAAUCUCAAACAGUUGAGCCGAGAGUUCAUCGCUCUGAUUCGAUUGUCUGCUCUCUUGCCACGGGGGCCACAGAUGAACCUGUCCCCGAUACUGGCACGCCGGCUCGAGCUAUAUAUCGUGCGGAAGGAUGUCCAGGAAGCGGGUGUGUUGGCGGAUUUCAUGACCAACAUCAUCGACUGCAGCCAAGAGGACAAGCUCCGCAUCUUGUCAGCUACGGGCGUGGAGGAGAGACUGGAGAGGAUAACGGAAAUACUGCAGCGACACAUCACCACCAUACAAGGCAACAGUCGCAUCCUUUCUGUGACAACUUCGCCGAACCCCAAUCAGACCGCCGUCAUCGACCUCGACACACUCACGAAGCUGAGGCAGGAUCCUCGAUUCCAGCGCAAGGGUGCCGGCCAGAUACCUCCGAUCGGUAUGGGUCCAGGCAUGGGCGGUGGCCAAGGACAGGACGAGGAGGUCAACGAGAUAGAGGAGCUGAAGAAGAAGUUGGAUGCGGCGGGUCUGAGUCCGGAAGCACAAAAGGUGGCAGAUCGGGAGCUGAAGCGAUUGGCGAAGAUGAACCCUGCGCAAGCAGAACACCAAGUGUGCAGGAAUUACCUCGAGAACUUGGCCGAGAUCCCGUGGACGAAGAUGACCGAGGAUAAUCUGGACACGGGCACAUUGCAAAAAGCCAAGAAACAGCUGGAUGACGACCAUUAUGGAUUAGAAAAGGUCAAAAAGCGGCUGACCGAGUACUUGGCGGUACUGAAGCUCAAGCAAGCAGUCAACCAAGACUUGGAGAACCAGAUUGAGCAAAUUGCAAAGACCGCUCAACCGGCGCAAGAGCCUGCGCAAGAAGAAGCGGCCAUCAACGGGGAAGAAGAUGUGGCGCCGUCAACACAGCUUGUGAAGAAGGAUGCAGCAGAGAAGAAGGAACCAAGUGAUCGGGAGAUCAGUCUGCUGAAGCACAAGAAAAUGGUCGACAAGUCGCCUAUUCUGCUUCUUGUGGGUCCCCCAGGAGUGGGCAAGACGUCGCUGGCCAAGUCUGUCGCCACAGCUCUGGGUCGCCAGUUUCAUCGCAUUUCACUUGGUGGUGUCAGGGAUGAAGCGGAGAUCCGUGGCCACAGGAGGACGUACGUGGCAGCUAUGCCUGGCCUCAUCGUGAAUGGCCUCAAGAAGGUUGGUGUGGCGAAUCCCGUUUUUCUGCUGGAUGAGAUCGACAAGGUUGGCUCUGCCUCCAACCACGGCGAUCCAUCAGCAGCGAUGUUGGAAGUGCUUGACCCGGAGCAGAACUCGACUUUCGUCGACCACUACGUCAACAUUCCUAUCGACCUCAGCAAGGUCCUAUUCAUCGCAACGGCCAACUCACUGGACACCAUCCCAGCACCGCUUCUUGACCGCAUGGAGACGAUUCAACUAUCUGGCUACACGACACUGGAGAAGCGUCACAUUGCCCACCGACAUCUUAUUCCGAAGCAAAUCACCACGAAUGGUCUGAGGGCAGACAAUGUCCUCAUGCGCGACGAAGUGGUCGACAAGAUCAUCACAUCAUACACUCGCGAAGCCGGUGUUCGGAAUCUGGAGCGAGAGAUUGGCAGUGUAUGUCGCUCCAAAGCAGUCCAGUUCGCAGAAGCGCGAGAUACAAACACACUACCCGCCUAUACACCCGUCGUCACCGUCGAUGACCUCGAAGAUAUGCUCGGUAUCGAACGAUUCGAAGAAGAAAUCGCGGCGCGCUCAUCCCAACCAGGAGUAGUCACUGGCCUCGUAGCCUACAGUACCGGCUCGCAAGGCAGCAUCCUCUUCAUCGAAAUCGCCGAUAUGCCAGGCUCCGGUCGCGUCCAGCUCACAGGCAAACUGGGUGACGUCUUGAAGGAAUCCGUCGAAGUCGCUCUCUCCUGGGUCAAAUCCCACGCCUACGAACUCGCUCUCACCGACAACCCUAGCGAAGACAUCAUGAAAGCGCGCAGCAUCCACGUCCACUGUCCCUCGGGCGCCAUACCCAAGGACGGGCCCUCGGCAGGUCUCGCCCACACCAUCGCUCUCAUCUCCCUCUUCAGCAACAAACCCGUCCCUCCCACCAUCGCCAUGACAGGCGAAGUGGCGCUCCGCGGCAAAGUCAUGCCGGUCGGAGGCAUCAAAGAGAAGUUGAUUGGAGCAUUACGUGCGGGUGUGAAGAAAGUGCUCCUUCCACAACAGAAUCGCAAAGAUGUGAAGGAUUUGCCCCGGGAGGUAUUGGAUGGGUUGGAGAUUUUGUUGGUGGGACACAUCUGGGAGGCAUUGCCGUUGAUUUGGCCCGAGAGUGAAUGGCCUGGUCAGAGGGGUUGGAGUGGAGUCGAGUCGAGAUUGUGAUGCUGAUGAUGCUGAUGAUGAUGACAAUGAUGCGUUUGCGUUUUGCGUUUUUUUGUUUGGUUUGAGGGACGAGUUUUGUAUAAAACUUUUUUAUAUAUUGUUCUGUACGAGGAUGAAUUGAAUCGGACCUGAAAAUGUGGAUGAAUGAAUGAUGCAAGGAAAC